GAAAUCACAUGGGCGGACUUGAGGAACAUGGUGGAGCCGUCGUUUGCGGAAAGAUCGGUGAUAAACCAUCGAGAUUACCUUACAAACGGACUUAUCGUUACGUCUGUUGCAACGAAUGUAACCGACACCGAUGUAUUGACGGCCGAUGGCCGUCGUAUUUCUUACGAUUAUCUCGUCAUUGCUACUGGACACAUGGAUCUUGUUCCCGUGACAAAACCCGAGAGACUUCAUCAAUACAAAGCAGAUAAUCAGAAAAUACAGUCUGCCGAUUCGAUUUUGAUUGUCGGAGGAGGACCGACCGGUGUCGAACUUGCCGGAGAAAUAGUCACCGACUUCCCCGACAAGAAGGUUACAUUGGUUCACAAGGGACCAAGGUUGCUGGAAUUCAUUGGAGCAAAGGCUUCGGACAAGGCUUUACGUUGGUUGAAAUCAAGGAAAGUUGAAGUGAAAUUGGAGCAAGCAGUUGACUUGAAUUCAACCACAUCAGUAUAUAAAACCUCAACAGGAGAAACCAUCAAAGCGGAUUGCCAUUUCCUUUGUGCUGGAAAGCCUUUGGCUUCAUCAUGGCUUAAUGAGACAAUCUUGAAGACCAACUUGGAUGGAAAUGGAAGGUUGAUGGUUGAUGAGCAUUUGAGAGUCAAGGGUCGCCGUAACGUAUUCGCGAUCGGAGACAUCACCGAUAUUCCGGAACUGAAACAAGGGUUUUUAGCUCAAAAGCAUGCAAUGGUGGUUGCGAAAAACUUGAAGCUGUUGAUGAGUGGAAGCAAAGAGAGCAAAAUGGGAAAGUACGAGUGUGGUUCAGCCACUGCGUUGGUUUCACUGGGUAGGAAAGAUGCAGUGGCACAGUUUCCUUUUGCAACCAUCAGCGGAUGUCUUCCUGGAUUGCUCAAAUCCAAAGACUUGUUCGUAGGCAAGACGAGGAAGAACAUGGGUUUACAACCUUAA